GAAGUGACGUCACCAUGGACGGCACGCCCACUGCCUGGCAGAUGAGUCUCCGCCGGUUCCCCGCUGCCAGGACCUGAGAUGGCGGCAGCCGCGGUGAGGUCGCUGUCCUUUGCGGGCGGGCGAAGGCUCCUCCUGCUGUGCGGGCGGCGGCGGGCCGCUCUGACACGGCCAGCCUGGUGCUCCACUCGGACCUUGUGGGUGACCUCCGCUGUGAGAUCUGGAGAUCAGAAGCCCUCCCCACCUUUUUCAGAUGCCCCCCCAUUGGACACAGCAGAGGAGCUGGGCACUGCACCCCCCAGGUACACGGACCAGGGUGGAGACGAGUCGGAGGGUUAUGAGAGCGAGGAGCAGCUCCAGCAGCGCAUCCUCUCCGCUGCACUGACCUAUGUGCCCGAGUACGGCUGGAGCGCUGAAGCCAUCGCUGAGGGGGCAAAGUCCCUGGACCUGUCCUCAGCAGCAGCAGGAAUGUUCGAGAAUGGCGGCAGCGAGCUCGUCCUGCACUUUGUGUCUCUGUGUAAUAGGAACCUGGCGGAACUGCUGGAGCAGGAGCACAAACUGGUGCAAGUGGGCAGUGCCGAAAGGAAACCAACAGCGCAGUUCCUGAGAGACGCCCUGGAGGCCAGACUGAGGAUGAUUGUGCCGUACGUCGAGCGCUGGCCCCAGGCGUUGGGGAUCCUCCUUCUGCCGCCCAAUCUUCCCUCCAGUCUGGCGCUCCUGAUGGCCAUGGUGGAUGACAUUUGUCACUAUGCCAGUGACCAAUCUACAGACGUCAGCUGGUACACGCGCCGGGCAGUGUUGGCCGGGAUUUAUAACACCACCGAGCUGGUCAUGAUGCAGGACAAGUCUCCAGACUUUGAGGACACCUGGAACUUCUUGGACAACCGCAUCUCUGAGGCCAUGACUAUGGGAGACUCUGUGAAGCAGGUGACCGCCACAGGAGAAGCUGUGAUCCAGGGGCUGAUGGGCGCUGCCGUCACUUUGAAGAACCUGACAGGUCUGAACCAGCGGCGGUGAACGUCUGCCCCUCCCACAUGACUCCUGUACGGUGCAGCGCUGCCCCUCCCCCUUGACUCCUGUAUUAAAAACAUGUAGACAGCA